CAUGCCAUCAAAUUCGCCCUCCCAGCAGCUCGUUUACCCAUCCCAAAAUGUAUAUGGAACGCUGCACAUAUUCAUGCCCUUGUCAUCGUCACCGCCAACGUUGGACCCGGGACCAACCAACGGGUAGACAUCGAAAUCUUAGAUUCAACACCCCAUCGCAACGUCUAUCUCUCAAAACGCGACAUCAAAGGCGAGACAAGACUUGCUGUCACAGCACAUGGCGAAGGAGAGGUUGGAGUCUGUUUCAAGAAUUAUCUAUCUCCUGACAUCAAACUAGACAUGGCGCGGAAUAUGUCGCGCACCGUCGAUCUGGAUAUUGAUAUUGGGGCUGACGCUGUUGACUACAAUGCAAUUGCAAACCAAGAAUCACUCUCUGGACUUGAGACAGAAAUGCGAAAACUGGAAGGCGUUGUAAAAGAGAUAGUUGACGAGCUCGAAUAUCUUAAGAAGCGCGAAGAACGGUUUUCAGACACCAAUCUUGUGACGAAUCGCCGCGUGCAGAAUUUUGCCUGGUUCACCAUUCUUGCCCUCGCGGCGCUUGGCGUUUGGCAAAUUCUUCACCUCCGGUCGUUUUUCAAGCGCAAGUACCUCAUUGACUGA